AUGGCAAAGGCUGCUGACCCUGUUGGCUGGGACACGGCCAAGGAUUGGGCCUGGAUCCUGUCGCUGGUCUCCGUCGUAGUUACUGCGUUUCUUGCCGCGGUGGUUCCUGCUUGGAUGCGAGCUGUCAUUGCGAUUCCCGCUUCUGCGGCCGCCGCGAUCUGGUGGUCUCGGUGGCGUGUGGUCAAGCCAGAUGAGUGGCUUCUCGUCUUGAGGGACGGCCAGCUCAUCGGCCAGGGCAUUGGUCUUCGAGCUUUUCGAGGAUGGCGGGACUCCAUCGCCACAUUCCCAGCCACGAUCCAGAAAGUCCGCUUCACGGCCCAACAAGUGGACUGUAAAAUGCAGGGGCUGGAAGUCUCUGGCUAUCUCAGCUGGGCCGUGAACCGAGAUGGCGAGGGACCCUGGACUGCUUACAAGUACAUGGCCAUGCGCGAUCUGGAUGGCGACGGAACCGUCGACUCAAAUGCGGGCUCUUUGCACAUCGCAGAGAUGGCGAAGGCCGUGGUGAGGAGCCAGGUUGCCAACAGCUCGCUCCAGGAGGUCUUAACACAGCGCGAGACAUUCCGCUCACAGGUCAAGUCGAAAGUCAUGGAGCAGGUGCAAGGUUGGGGCGUCUGGGUGGAAGCCAUCGAGAUUGCAGAUGUUCGCAUUUGCUCAAACAAGCUCUUUCAGGAUCUUCAGGCAGCCCACCGGCAUGAGGUGAGGCUAAAAGCCGAGGAGGCUCGCCUGGACACGGAUCGGCUCCUUUCAGAGCGCAAGUUGCAGGACGAUGUGAAGCUCUCAAAAGCCCGGGCCGAGGCUGAGGCUGAGCAGCGUCUUGCAGCCGCACGGCAGCGCCUCAAGGCGGAGCAGGAGGAAGCGCAGCUCUUCGCGGUCCAGGCGGAGGCUGCCAAAGCCCGGCUGCACAUGGAGGAGGAGAUUGAGCUCGCCCGGUUGGAGAAGGAGAACCGUGUGGAGAAGCAGCGGGCUGCGAACAAGGCUGAGGUGGCGCGGCUCCAGAAAGAGGCUGAGAUGGAAAGACUGCGGAUGCAGUAUGAUGCAGAGCGGGAGAUGCCUGAAAGCAGCUUUAGGUGCUACAGCUUGCAGAAAGCCGUCGAGAUGUGCGGGAAGUUGCCUUUGCAGGAUGUUCGCCUCAACAUGUUCGGGGAUGGCGACAGCAAGCAGAUGAUGUCCGGGAUCCUGCCUGCAGCGAUGAGCCUCGCCAAUUGGGAUGUCGUCAGCGACAGGGACAAGGAGCAGUAG